AAAUCAGAGCCAGCCGCCAAGCGCCAAGACGCCGUCCCCUGCUCUCUUCCCGCCGCUCAAACCCCUAAACCCUAGCCGCACCAGGGCCUCUCCCCUCCUUCCCCGGCGGCGGCGGCGGCGGCGAGUGGCACACCAGUAUCGGACGCGGAGAAGCGCAUAUACUCUCAGGUUUGGCGGAGAUGCCUCUGGGGCAGCGCGCAGGGGACAAGAGCGAUUCCCGCUACUGCGGGGUGGAGGUGCUCGACUUCCCCGCCGGCGAGGGCCUCCCCGCCGUCCUCAAUCACUCCCUCGCCUCCUCCUUCGACUUCAUCCUCGCCCCGCUGGUCGACCCCAACUACCGGCCCGCGCCCGGCGCCGUGCUGCCCGUGUCGGCGUCGGACCUCGUCCUCGGCCCGGCCCAGUGGAGCAACCACGUCGUCGGGAAGAUCAGCGAGUGGAUCGAUUUGGACGCGGAGGACGAGCAGCUCCGGUUGGACUCCGAGCUCACGCUGAAGCAGGAGAUCGCUUGGGCAUCUCACCUCUCGCUGCAGGCAUGCGUUCUUCCUGCCCCCAGAAGAUCUUGUGGCAAUUAUGCUAGAGUUGUGAAUCAAAUUUUGCAAGGCCUGACCAACAUGCAUUUGUGGCUUAGGCUACCUUUGGAGAAGUCGGAGCCAAUGGAUGAUGACCUUGAUAAAGUAAAGAAUAACAACCAUAUGAAUGAAAUGGUAGACUCAUGGGAAUUGUGGAAUUCAUUCAGACUGCUAUGUGAUCAUAGUAGCCAACUAUGUGUGGCACUUGAUAUUUCGAGCACACUGCCAUCAAUAAACUCAUUAGGCCGGUGGUUUGGGGAGCCUGUAAGGGCAGCUAUUCUACAAACCAAUGCUUUUCUAACAAAUGGAAGAGGGUAUCCUUGUUUGUCAAAGCGGCAUCAGAAGCUGCUAACUGGAUUUUUUAACCAUUAUAUUCAGGUAAUACUCUCUGGGAGAUCAAAUCACAAUGUUCCCCCAGUAUCUGAAGGAGUGCUCUUAGGUGAUGAGAACCACACUGAAGAUGCCCCUGUUCGACAUGCAUUAAGUCCAUACCUGGACUACACUGCAUACCUAUACCGGAGGAUGGAUCCACUUCCUGAGCAGGAAUGCUUUGAGAUCAAUUACAGGGAUUUUUUGCAGUCCCCUCUCCAGCCUCUAAUGGAUAAUUUGGAAGCUCAGACUUAUGAGACAUUUGAGAAGGAUGUUGUGAAGUACACUCAGUAUCAAAGAGCAGUUGCUAAGGCUUUGGUUGAUAGGGUCCCAGAUGAUGCGGUCUCCACAACUAGGACGGUGCUGAUGGUUGUUGGAGCAGGCCGAGGACCUCUAGUACGAGUAUCAUUGCAGGCUGCUGAACAAACUGGUCGCAAGUUAAAAGUAUAUGCUGUGGAAAAAAAUCCUAAUGCUGUCAUUACUCUUCAUAGUUUGAUCAAAUUGGAGGGGUGGGAAAGCUUGGUUACUGUAAUUUCUAGCGACAUGAGGUGCUGGGAUGCCCCUGAAAAAGCAGAUAUUUUGGUCAGUGAAUUGCUUGGGUCCUUUGGUGACAAUGAGUUAUCUCCUGAGUGUCUGGAUGGUGCUCAGCGAUUCUUGAAGCCUGAUGGGAUUUCUAUUCCUUCUUCGUACUGGACCUUUUCUUAUACAUAUCUUUCCUUAAUUCCCGAUGUCCAAAAUAUAUUUGAUAUCAUUGAUUGUUUGCUUAUGGUUCUUUGCAGAUACACUAGUUUUAUCCAACCAAUAACAGCAUCAAAGUUGCACAAUGAUAUCAAAGCACACAAAGAUAUUGCACAUUUUGAAACUGCAUAUGUUGUCAAACUACACCGCAUAGCGACACUGACACCUCCACAACAGGUAUUUACUUUCACCCAUCCAAAUUUCUCACCAAACGCGAGCAAUCAAAGGUAUACCAAGUUGCAAUUUGAAAUGCCACCAGAUAUGGGGUCAUGCCUUGUGCACGGAUUUGCUGGAUAUUUUGACUCUGUUCUAUAUAAGGAUGUUCAUCUUGGAAUUGAGCCAAACACUGCUACACCAAACAUGUUUAGCUGGUUCCCGAUCUUCUUCCCGUUGAGAAAGCCCAUCUACGUGCCCGACCGAUCUCCUAUAGAAGUGCACUUCUGGCGGUGCUGUGCCCCCACAAAGGUGUGGUACGAGUGGGCUGUGACGACACCGACUCCGUCACCCAUCCAUAACAGCAGUGGCCGGUCAUAUUGGGUUGGUCUAUAAGUCACCAAGAUCAUUGUUGUCUUAUAUUUUGUAACAGAGAAAAAAAAAUUAGGUAUUAGUAAUAUCUGGAGUUUCGCUGGUGCCUGGAGGAUCCUUGGAGUUUCAAGCAAUGGACAUCAUCUUGGAUGCAGGGCUUUUGGGAGCCCUGGAACAUUGGAACUUGUAUCUCAAAGGGGUCGUUUGGCCUCCAACGUUGUGCGCUCGAUUUUGAUAGCAUUAGGCUUUUGACUUGCAAAUUUUGACAAUAUUUCUUGUUUCGUCAAUUCUGAAAAUUUCUCCUCUGUGGCUUCUGUUUCU